AUGCAGGGCUGGGAGAUUAAUCAAAGGGUUCAAUAUGAAAAAUCAGACUCAGAUUUAAAGUAUAGUCGCUCGCGCAAGAGUUUCAAAGAAAAACUCCUUGGGAUUUUUAAGGUCCUUGAGAACAAAAUAAUUGUGUUCCUGAAGACUGAGCUGGAAAAGUUUAAGAUAAUAAUACAAAAAGGAAACACGCAAUACUUUGUGCAGGACUUUACAGAGGAGAUGGAGAAAAUCAAAGAAGCAGCUCUUGACAUCACACUCUAUUUCUUGAAAGAUAUGAAAGAAGAUGAAGUUGCUAAUGCUCUGCAAGAUGAACUGGUCCUCAUUUAUCAGAGAAAGCUCAAAUUCAACCUGAAGAAGAAGCAUCAGUCUGUAUCUGAAGGAAUUGCAAAGCAAGGUUCUUCCAAGCUUUUGAAUGACGUCUACACGGAUCUCUAUAUGACUCAGUGUGCCAGCAAACAAGUCAAUACUGAACACGAGGUCAGGCAGAUUCAGGCUGCUGCUCGGCGCAAUGAAACACAAGAGAGACCGAUUGAGUGCAAAGAUAUGUUUGAAGCGUCUGAUCAAGAAAAGCAGAUCCGAACUGUACUGACAAAAGGAGUUGCUGGCAUCGGGAAGUCAGUCUCUGUGCAAAAGUUUAUUAUAGACUGGUCUGAAGGAAAUGAAAAUCAAGAUAUCAGCUUCAUAUUUCUUCUUGCAUUUCGAGAAAUGAACGUAAAGGAAAAAGAUAAACAAAGCUUAAUGAGUCUUAUAUGUCAGUUUUUCCCAGAGGUAAAAGGACUGAAUCUCACAAGAAGUGACAAAUUUAAAAUCUUGUUCAUCCUUGAUGGAUUGGAUGAAUGUCGUCUUCCUCUGAACUUUGAUGGAAAUGAGACGUGGCGUGAUGUUUCAUCACCAGCCUCUCUGGAUGUACUUCUGACGAACCUCAUCAAAGGAAAUCUGCUUCCUUCUGCUCUCAUCUGGAUCACCAGCAGACCAGCAGCUGCCAUUAGGAUCCCCCCUGAAUUUGUUGACCGAGUGACAGAAAUACAAGGAUUUAACGACGCACAAAAGAAGGAGAAUUACUUCAGAAAACGAUUCACAGAUGAGAAUUUAGCCAAUGAAAUCAUUGCUCAUGUUAAACAAUCAAAGAGUCUCUUCAUCAUGUGCUACAUCCCAGUCUUCUGCUGGAUUUCAGCCACUGUUCUCCAGAACAUUUUACAGGAGAAGAGAAAUAAUGAAAACAAUCAGGCUGAUGACGCUUCCAAAACACUGCAGGAAUCAAACCCUGAAGACACUCCCAAGACUCUGACACAGAUGUACACACACUUUCUGCGCUUUCAGAUUCUGCAGAGCAGACGAAAGUAUGGAGGAAAAUACACACCAGAUGUUUCCUGGAAUACAGAAGCCAUGCUAUCACUGGGGAAACUGGCAUUUCAUCAUCUGGAGAAAAACAAACUGCUCUUCUAUGAAAAGGACCUGGAAGAUUGUGGUAUUGACGUCUCUGAAGCAUCGGUGUUCUCCGGCAUGUGUACCCAGAUCUUUAAGGAAAAAACUGGAAUCAUUCUUGGAACAACAUUUUGCUUUGUUCAUUUGAGCAUUCAAGAGUUUAUCGCAGCUCUUUAUGCACAACUGUUUCUAGACAACAAGAAGAAAAAUGUGUUCAUGGAUGAGUCUCCAGAGCUGGAAAACAGAAAUGAGUCCAUGAUUGAUUUGCUGAAGACUGCAGUGGACAAGGCACUUGAGAGUGACACUGGACACCUGGACCUUUUCGUUCGCUUCCUUCUUGGGAUGUCGCUCAAAUAUAAUCGACCACUCUUUCAAGGUCUGUUGAAAGAAGAAAACAAUGACCAGAGCACAGAAAUAGUCCAAUACAUCAAGGAGAAAUUAGAAGACAAGUUAUCCCCAGAGAGAUCCAUCAAUCUGUUCUACUGUCUGAAUGAACUGAACGACCAAACUCUGGUGAAAGAGAUUCAGACACAAUUAAGCCAAGGAAGUCUCUCCUCUAAUGAUCUUUCACCUGCUCAGUGGUCCGCUGUGGCCUUUGUGUUGUUGACUUCAGAUGAGGAGAUGGAGGAGUUUGAGCUUCAGAAAUUCAAGAAAUCAGACGAGUGUCUCUUUAGACUGCUGGAAGUGGUCAAAAACUCCAAAAGAGCCUUGUUAAAUGCUUGUGAGUUAACAAACGAAAGCUGUUGUAGUAUGUCUAAUGCCCUCUCGUCAGAAAACAAUCUGAUAGAGCUGAACAUGAGCAACAACGAUCUGCAGGAUUCAGGAGUGCAGCAGCUCUGCUCUGGACUGAAGAGUACAAUGUGUAAAUUGGAGAUAUUGGGGCUCAGUAAAUGUGGUAUAACAGAGAAAACCUGUUCAGCUCUUGCUUCAGCUCUUAGUUCAGACUCCAGUAGUCUGAAGGAUCUUGAUCUGAGCAAUAAUAAUCUGCAGGGUUCAGGAGUAAAGCUGCUCUCUGAUAACCUGAAGGACAACUGUAAACUGGAGAAACUCAAUCUUUUAGACUGCGGUAUCAGUGAAGAAGGUUAUGAAGCUCUGGCCACAGCCCUGGAAUCAAAGCUUUCACACCUAACAGAGCUGGAUCUCAGAGGAAAUGAUCCUGGUGAAUCAGGAGUAAAGAAGCUCCUUGACAGUCUACAAAAUCUAAAUCGUGAUCUCCAGUUGAGAUUUUUGCAUCCUGAUGCAGAGAAAGCCUUCUCAGAUUUGACUCAUAUUCUCAAUGAAAACCUGUUACUUUUGAGAAAGCUGAAUCUGAGUGAACAUUACCUAGUCGCUAAACUGAAGGAACUUGCUCCUCUUCUGGCAGAUAAACACUGUAAAAUAAACACACUGACUCUGAAGAGCAGCAGAAUUACAGAAGACGACUGUUGUGUUCUGAUAUCAGCCUUGAAUUCAAACCCUUCAAAUCUGAAAGACCUGGAUUUGAGUAAAACUAACCUCGGAGACUCUGGAAUGAAGAUAUUUUCAACUUUAUUUGAGAAUAAUAAGUGUAAACUGGAAAAGCUGAAUUUGAAUAGUGUCAGUAUUGGAGAAGCAGGUUGUGCCGCUCUGGCUUCAGCGUUUAAUUCAAACCCCACAAAGCUGAAAGAGCUGGAUCUGAGUAGGAACCAACUAGGAGACUCUGGAGUGACACAAAUCUCUGCUCUGUUGCAAAAUUCACAAUGCGCUCUGCAGAUACUCAGUCUUUCAGACUGCAGUAUCAGUGAAGAAGGUUAUAAAGCUCUGGCUUCAGCUCUAAAAUUAAACCCUUCACACCUGAUAGAGCUGGAUCUCAGAGGAAAUGAUCCUGGUGAAUCCGGAGUAAAGGAGCUCUUUGACAGUCUACAAAAUCUAAAUCGGGAUCUCCAGUUGAGGUGGGAUGUGGUGUUUUUGAGUUCUGAAGCAGAUAACGUGUGUCAGUUUGUGAAAAGAAUUGUGGGUGAAAACCCGUUACUUCUGAAAGAACUGAAUCUGAAUGAUCGUCAACUACGAGACACAACUGUGGAUAAGCUUGCUGUUCUGCUGCAGGACAAACACUGUAAAAUCAGUACACUGACAUUGUCAGACUGCAGUAUCAGUGAAGAAGGUUAUAAAGCUCUGGCUUUAGCUCUGAGAUCAAACCCUUCACACCUGAUAGAGCUGGAUCUCAGAGGAAAUGAUCCUGGACAAUCAGGAGUGAAGGAGCUCACUAAUUUAUCACAGUACAGAUGUAAAGCAUUGACCAUUAGGUUUUUGAAAAGUUCUGGUGCAGAAGAAGCAUGUGAUCAUCUCACUAAAGUUCUGGGAAUAAGUCCAUUAUUACUGACAGAAUUGGAUCUGAAUGAAGAUAAGUUAAAAGAUCUGGAUGGAGAGAAACUCUCUGCUCUUCUGAUGGACUCUCAUAGCAAAGUGGAGAAAAUGAAGAUGAAUAAUUGUGAGCUGACAGAGAAAAGCUGUUCAGUUCUAGCUACAGUUCUCUCCUCUAAAACCAUCCUGAAAGAGCUGAACCUGAACAACAGUCGUCUGCUGGACUCAGGAGUCAGAGUGAUCUGUGAGGGACUGAAGAAUAUUGUGUGUGAGCUGAAGAUACUCAAGCUGAAUAAGUGUGGUCUAACAGAGGAAAGCUGUUCAGCUCUUGCUUCAGUUCUCAGAUCAGACUCCAGCAGUCUGAAGGAUCUUGACCUGAGCAAUAAUAAUCUGCAGGAUUCAGGAGUGAAGCUGCUCUCUGAUGGACUGAAGGACAGUAAACUGGAGAUACUCAGUCUUUCAGACUGCAGUAUCAGUGAAGAAGGUUAUAAAGCUCUGGCUUCAGCUCUGAGAUCAAACCCUUCACACCUGAUAGAGCUGGAUCUCAGAAGAAAUGAUCCUGGUGAAUCAGGAGUGAAGGAGCUUCUUGAUGUUCAGCAGGAUAAACUAACAAUAAAGUUUUUGAGUCCUGCUGCUGAUGAAGUCUGUCAGUUCGUGACUAGAAUUGUGGGUAAAAACCCAUUACUCCAAAAAGAACUGAAGCUGAGCGAACUUACACUAGACUUUAAUAAAGUCAGUCAGCUUGCUGCUCUAGUGCUUGAUAAACACUGUAAACUGAGCUCAAUUCAACUGAAUAAUAACAGCAUCACAGAAGAAGGUUGUGCUGCUUUGACUUCAGCAUUUAAUUCAAACCCUUCACACCUGAUAGAGCUGGAUCUGAGUGGAAAUAAACUUGCAGAUUCGGGAAUGAAGAAUAUCUGUUGUCUGCUGCAAAAUGUUCAGUGCAGAUUGGAGAAAGUGAAACUUUCACGCUGCAAUAUAACUGCAGAAGGUUAUAAAGCUCUGGCCUCAGCUCUGAAAUCAAACCCUUCACACCAGAUAAAGCUGGAUCUCACUGGAAAUUAUCCUGGACCAUCAGGAUUAUCGUGGUUCUUUAAGUUAUUUGUUGGUGAUAUGGGUAUAUUAAAGAACAUCAGCUUUCUAAGCAGUCCUGAUGCAGUAGAAGCAUAUGAUUACCUUACAGAUGCUUUGGGCACCAAUCCACUACUACUGACAGAACUGGAUCUGAGCAAAGUGGCAAAAGACUACAACUGGGAGAAACUUUCUGCAUUUUUGCUGGACUCUUGUUGCAUAGUGGAGAAAAUAAGGCUAAAUAAUUGUGAGGUGACAAACAAAAUGUGUUCAGUUCUUGCUACUGUUCUCUCCAAAAAUAAACUCCUGAAAGAGAUGGACCUGAACAGGAGCCCUCUGCUGGAUUCAGGUGUCAAAAAGAUCUGUGAUGGACUGAAGAAAUCUACGCUUAAAAUACUGAAUCUUUCAGACUGCAGUAUUAGUGGAGAAGGUUAUAAAGCUCUGGCUUCAGCUCUGAGAUCAAACCCUUCACACCUGAUAGAGCUGGAUCUCAGAGGAAAUGAUCCUGGACAAUCAGGAGUGAAGGAGCUCACUGAUUUAUCACAGUACAAAUGUAAAACAUUGAGCAUCAGGUUUUUUCAAGGUCCUGCUGAAGAAACUUAUCAGUAUUUGAUUCGUGUCUUCAAACAAAAUCCAUUAAUCUCAAAGGAGCUGAAUCUGAAUGCAACCAAACUAGACCUAGAAAAAGUGAAUCAGCUUGCUGUUCUACUGCAGGAUAAACACUUUAGAAUCAACAGACUUCAGCUUAGUAAAUGUGGUCUAACGAAGGAAAGCUGUUCAGUUCUUGCUUCAGUUCUCAGUUCAGACUCCAGCAGUCUGAAGGAACUUGAUCUGAGCAAUAAUAAUCUGCAGGAUUCAGGAGUGAAGCAGCUCUGGAAUGGAUUAAAGAAUAACAACUGCACACUGGAGAAACUUAAUCUUUCAGACUGCAGUAUCAGUGAAGAAGGUUAUAAAGCUCUGGCUUCAGCUCUGAGAUCAAACCCUUCACACCUGAUAGAGCUGGAUCUCAGAGGGAAUUAUCCUGGACAAACGGGAGUGAAGGAGCUCACUGAGUUACUACAGGAUCGAUAUACUAAAUUGAAGACUCUCAGGUUUUUAAGUCCUGAUGCAGAAAAGGCUUGUAAGUAUGUGCCUGGACUUGUUGGUAAAGAUCCAUUUCUCGUGAGAGAGCUGAGUCUGCGUGAUCAAAAACUCGGAGACACAAACAUCAAUUAUCUUGCUGCUCUGCUGCAGGAUAAACACUGUAAACUCAACACAAUUCAGCUGCUUAAUUGCAGUAUUACAGAGGAACAGUGCGUGUUCCUGUCUUCAGCUCUGAAGUCAAACCCGUCACACCUGAGAGAACUGAACCUCAGUGGGAAUAAAAUAAGAAACACAGGAGUGAAUCUCUUAUGUGACAUACUGGAGGAUUCACACUGUAAAUUGGAGAGACUUAGUUUAUGCAGCUGUUCUCUGACAGAUGACUGUUGUUCUGCUGUGACUUCAGCUCUGAAAUCAAACCCAUCACACCUGAGAGAACUGAAUCUCAGUGGGAAUCAAAUAGAAAACACAGGUGUGAAUCUCUUAUGUGAGUUACUGAAGGAUUCACACUGUAAACUGGAGACACUGAGGUUGAGGUGCUGUUCUCUGACAGAUGAAGAUUAUAAAGAUCUGGCUUCUGCUCUGAAAGAAAACCCAUUACACCUGAGAGAACUGGACCUCAGUGAGAAUAAACUAGGAGACUCUGGAAUGGAAAAACUUUCUGAUCUACUGAAGAACCUGCAGCACAAGCUGGAAAAACUACAUCUUUAUAAUUGCAGUAUUACAGAAAAACAGUGUAAGAGCCUGACUUCAGCUCUAAAAUUAAACCCGUCACACCUGAGAGAACUGGACCUCAGUGGGAAUGAAAUAAAAAACAAAGGAGUGAAUCUUUUAUGUGACGUACUGAAGGAUUCACACUGUAAACUGGAGACACUGAGUCUGCAUGACUGUGGCAUCACAGAUGUUUCUUCUUUAACUCAGUGUUUGAUGAACACAAAAGCUCUGCAGUUUCUAAAAGAGCUUGAUCUGAGUAAAAAUAAGCUUGGAGAUUCAAAGAAAGAGCUCAGUGAAAUGAUAAAAGUCUCAGACUGUAAACUGAGACUAGGCAAUGAAGAGGCUUCAAAACACACUGGUUUAUGGAAUUGGUUAACUUCCAGGUUUUAAUCAGGUAGAAUGAAACCGAACCAAGCCAGAGCUCAGGUGAGCCUGUCAUCAGGAAUAAGGGUAAAAAGUGGAGUCUAAUAGAAGAUACUAAAAACAUGUAUUUAAUUCAAAAUAAUUGUUUUUUAUACUUGUUCUCGUUUCUGCUUCUGCAUGUCACAAAUUCAGCUCUAUAUACAACUUUAAAUGUAUUUAAAAGCAGAAUUCAUCCAAUUCCGGAUUAUUGAGUAUGGCUUGAAUUAAAAUUGGGAUAUUUGUUUAAUGCUCUAAUAACAUUUCUUCUAUAUAAAAAAAAUGUAAUUUACAGCUUUUAAAUAAAUAAAAUUUACAUUUUACA